AUGGCUGCGAGCACGCAUGGAGAGUGCAUCUGCCUCCACAUUGGCCAGGCCGGUUGUCAGAUUGGUCAAGACACCUGGACACUUUUCUGCAAAGAACAUUGCGUGGGGGACGAUGGCAAGCGGGAUUUGGAAUCUCUCAAACACAGCUUUACCGAUGCAGACGACACCAACUACAACACCUUCUUCUCUGAGACGCAUGCAGGCCAGCAUGUGCCUCGGGCAGUGUUCGUUGACACCUGUCCAAGCACGAAAAACGAGAUACUGGCCGAAAGUCCUGAACUCUUUCACCCGGAGAAUGUCCUCGGGUAUAAUCAGGAUUGCAAGAGCAACUUCUUUGAGGGCCGGUUCAUGGCCAACCACAUGAAGGUGAAGGAAGACGUUAUUGACAGGGUUCGCUUACAGGUGGACUUGUGCUCGAACUUGCAGGGCUUCUUCGUGUUCCAUGCUUUUGGCGGAGGCACCGGGUCAGGAGUCGGCUGCGAAGUUCUACACGACUUGCAUGAUGCUUUCGACAAGAAGGUCAUCUUCCAGCCUACGAUUUACCCUUCGCGCCGGUUUUCUAGCAGCAUGGUGGAACCUUACAAUUGCAUCUUCGCAACAUAUUACAUGAAGGAUGUGGUCGAUGUGACCAUGAUGAUGGACAACGAGGCGGUCUAUAGAAUGGUCGAGACAAAACAGCAGGUCAAGAAUCCAGACUUCCAUCAUGUCAAUCACUUGAUCGCACAAACGAUCUCGGCAUGUACCACCUCGCUUCGCUUCGAAGCGCAGCUAAGUGCCAAAAUGGUGGAGAUAGUCACCAAUCUUGUCCCUGCAAGGAAUUUCCGAUAUCCGGUCUUGUCGCUUGCACCUGUUCGCAGCAAGUUUCAGGAGCGCCACGAGACGUUUUCACCACAAGAGAUUUGUGUCGAGCUGUUCGAGACCUCAAGUGUCCUGUGUGAUGUAACUCACUUAAAGACCAAUCGCUACCUGUCUGCCGUCAUUCUUCUCAGAGGAGUUGAAAGCCUGCGGCCAGACAAGAGUGAAAGCGACGCUUCUGGCUACCCGUCCACUGCGAGGACGGAGCCUUUGGAAGCCAACAAAUGCAUAGCGGCCGUCCAGACCAUGAAAGAUGGAACCCAUCGAUCUCCCGUCAAGUUUGCACCCUGGGUGUCAGCAGGCUUCAAAGUAGGCCUCGUAGGGGUGCCCCCUGCCAAAGAUCCACAUGAUGAGGUGAUGGCUGAAAUUAGCCGUUUGGGUGCCAUGCUCGCCAACAGCACAGUUGUUCGGCAGGUCUUCGUGCGUCAGUACACGAAGUUUCUGAAGCUUUUUUAUCAUAGAGCCUAUGUCUGGCAAUUCAUUGAUGCAAAUGGAGAAAUCGAUGCGUUCUAUGAAGCGCGUGAGGGCGUGAAAGACAUCAUUUGCAACUAUGAGGAGCUUCUGCGCGAGUGUGCGAAAACGGAGAACGAGAGGAUGGAGGGCGGCGGGGGCAUCUUUGUGGAGGGUGGGACCAACCUUGUUCCAGCUGGUCAGUAA